ACUCUGUCUCUUCCACUUCCUCCUUUUAAGUCUAGCGAACAGCACAGGCGGCUACUCUGCGUCCGGCGAACAACAGUGUUGCAGGUCUUCAACCGAGUCUCUUCUCUUGUUCUGUGCUUGUCCAAGCCUUUUAACCGGAUGACUUUCUUUUUGUGCAGGCUCUUCGAAGUUCGAAGCAAUGUCUCGGAGAUUUAAGCGGAAGGAGGAGGACGAGAGUCCGUCUGAGGACGGCCAUGGCGCUCCUCCUAAGAAAGCUCCGAGGACUGAUUCCUCCGGUGAUUCCGACGAGAUCGUUGUCUGCGAUAUAUCUCACAAUAGAAGAGUGAAAGUUAGGAAUUGGCAAGGAAAAAUCUGGGUUGACAUUCGCGAGUUCUAUGUGAAGGAUGGAAAACAACUUCCUGGCAAGAAAGGCAUAUCAUUGAGUGUGGAUCAGUGGAAGAUGCUCAGGGAUCAUGCAGAAGAGAUUGACAAGGCGCUUGCUGAAUCUUAGGUGCAUAUGGAAUUAUCUGGCGUAAAUAGUACUAGUCUGAGAGGGUAGUCGUGUUGUGCUCUUGAAAGUGUCCUGUACUAUGACUUAAGCUCUAUUGAAGCUGAAACUGGAGGCUUUUUGUAGGAAUGACUGGGAAAGAAUGUCGAUUCAUACUUUCCCGCCAAACCAAUCUUUCUGUGUAUUGCAAAACUUCCGUCAGUUUGGUGAAGCCAGGGCACUGACUUUUGACUCUACUGAAUUGUUGUGACUUGUGACAUGCCUCCCGGAUAUGUAAUAUUUGGUAGACUUGAAUUCGGUUCUUGUUUUGUAAUAUUGAAUCAUGCAGCUAGGCCAGUAAUGCUAAUCUUUGCUUCAUACUUUCAUGUUCUAGAUCCUGUUCUCGUUCGUUUGAUCGUCGAGGGAGUUUGGAGCAUGUGUAGCAGACUUGCAGGCCAACUUGGUAAAAUUUCCAGGAUGGAAUCCAGGGGUCCUGUUUUCAGGGCAGGCAAUAGUUCAUUACACAGUGGACCAAAUCAGACCUGAUUAGGCAUGAUGCGGUUUGGUGUUCUAAAAAUAUAAGAGUGAUCAUAUU